GCCAAGCUCAGAAGUAGUCUCGCUGGAGAGCAGAGCAUCUUGCUGUCAUCUUCCCCAUUACCCGUUAUUGCGCUUCUCCUCAGAGGGUUUGGAUAAACGAGAAAAACAGGAAGAGGAAGGAAGGAAGGACGGAAAAGAAAAGAGAGAGCUGACAUAAGUGAGCCUGAUUCAUAGUGAGAGUGAAGCGUCAUGACUGUAAUCCUGUCACCGUGUGAACGACAUGCUCAUGCUCUCUGAUGUGUCCUGCCUCUAGUCACACUGUCAGGCGACCCGAUCGAGGCUCUCCAGUAGUUGUGACAUUCUGCGCUGGAAAUGUUCUGGGGCCGAGGAUAUUCCGAAUGGGAGCCUCUGAAAGCAGUGUCUUCCGAAGGGGGUGAUGAACGUGAAUCACAGUGCACACUGUGUGGUGAGCCAGAAGACCUGCAGUAUUCAUGGUCUCCCUCUCAGCCCUUCGAUGAAGACAGCUACUCCCCUCCUCCACCCAGGAACAUGAAGGCUAUAUCGGGCGGGCGGCCCAGCCAGCUCCAGAUCACCUCAGCUCACACCUGUGCCCUGGCCGACUGUGACCACUCCCUGGAUCGUCAUGACUCCUGCACCCCCUCGUAUCUCCUCAGCCCCACCGACAGCUGUCCUAUGGAGCACCACCGCUUCUCCCCUCGUAGCUCAAUCCACUCUGAGUGCACACCCUUGCCCGUCUCCAUGGCCAACACAGACCACUCCAUCUCCAGCAGCACCUUUCCCAGGAUGCACUACAGCUCCCAUCACGAUGGCAGUGGGACGCGGGACGGUGGCUGCGGCGGGGGCGGCGGGGGCGGCGGGGGCGGCGGGGGCGGC